CUCGACGGAGGAUUGUGGAGCUGAGGUGAGGGUCCACUUCUUCCUCCUGAGCCUCUUGACCAUCACCACCCUCCCUUGAUCGUACAAGAUGUUCACAGGUCUGGUAGAAGCACUCUGCCCCAUCGUAGCUGUAGACCCGCUCGACUCGACCAAGUCGGGCGGUGGCGGCUACUCUAUCACAAUUGGCUCCGCCUCUGAGAUCCUCUCGGACUGCAGCAUCGGCGAUUCUAUCGCCGUCAAUGGAACCUGCCUGACCGUCACGGAAUUCACAAAAGACCAAUUCAAGAUUGGGGCAGCCCCUGAGACAUUGAAGAAGACCAAUCUGGGGAAGCUCAAGGUGGGAGAUGCAGUCAACUGCGAGAGGGCGAUGAAGGGCGAGAAGCGCUUUGGAGGGCACUUCGUCCAGGGACAUGUCGAUACCACUGCGCUGCUGCGAUCGGUCGUGCCCAACGGCAAUGCCCUCACCCUGACUCUCCGCCUCACGAAAUCCAACGACCUGCCCCUGCCGUCCACACUGUCCCCCUAUCUCAUUCCGAAAGGUUACGUCACCUUGGACGGAGCUUCUCUGACUCUAAUUGACGUCUCGCCGCCUUCAGGUGGCAGGUUAGACGGAAGCACUGGAGAGCUGCGGGAAGAUGCAGCUGGGGUCAGUGACAAGAAGGAGGUCGUUGAAUUCAGCGUGAUGCUCAUCAAGCAUACGCAGGACGUCAUCGGCCUGAGCAAGAAGAAGGCUGGAGAGCUAGUCAAUGUUGAACUCGAUAUGGUCGGCAAGUACGUUCACCGCUCGAUACAGAUCUCUGCCUCUUCAGCAGUUUCGUCUGGAGGAGUCAAAAAGUCGACUAGUAAUGAGGUAGAAGUCGAUGACAGUGGCCGCGUGGUCGGCGCUGACGAUGAGGAUGCGCUCAUCAGGUUGAUUCGGAGGGAGGUGAGGAGAGCACUUGAUGAGGGCAAGUAAAGCAACGUGGCUCAUUCCAUAGUCUGAUAGCUUUAAUUGAGCAGUGGUAUAAGCACCAUCCCAUUCAUGAUCUUCCUCAAUUCACUCUUGAUACCAUGA